GCUCCCGCUGGUGCGUUCAAUCAAUGUAUCAGGACAUAAAUAUGGAUUAUGCUAUGCUGGAAUUGGAUGGGCCAUUUGGAAGUCACCAAAAUAUUUACCCGAAGAAUUGAUCUUUAAUGUGAAUUAUCUAGGAAGUGAUCAAGCAUCAUUCACAUUAAAUUUUUCCAAAAGUGCUGCUCCCAUAAUUGCUCAGUAUUAUGUGUUAAUUCGACUUGGACGUGCAGGAUUCACUGCGAUUAUGAAUAACUUGAUGGAUGUUUCAAGAAACCUUGCAGAUCGAUUAGAGAAAACUGGUAAAUUUACAAUAUUGAGUGAUCGCACGGGAAAUGGUUUGCCACUUGUAGCUUUCCGUCUGGCUGCCAAAGAUAUACAUUAUGAUGAAUUUGAUGUAGCGCAAAAACUCCGAGAGCGCGGAUGGAUUGUACCAGCUUAUACCAUGGCACCUCACACUGAACAUAUUAAAUUAUUGCGUAUUGUCGUGCGUGAAGAUUUUUCGCAGUCACGUUGCGAUGGUCUUAUUACCGAUAUUUUAUGUACCCUGGAUCAGUUGGAUCAGUUGGACC